ACAUUUGGAGUCAAUAACAUCCUUACUGUCAACAAUGUGAGCAGAAUGGUGGACAGUUGCGGGACGGCAAUUGAGUUCCACACACAAUUUAAUGAGUGUUUAUCCAGAGAAAACAUCUUUGCGCUUUAUGGAAACAAAAUUACUGAAGAAAACUUUCAGACUGCCUGCCCUGCUCUGUUAUACCUAGUUUAUUCUAAGCCAUGUGACUAUGAAGAGACAACCAAUCAGAGGCCUUCUCCUGCUCAAGUUUGGGGAUUCAGUAUUUUGUCUGUAAGCAUUAUUAACGUGACGGCAAUGAUUGGACUAUUUAUAACCCCC